CUGAUCAAUGACAUAGAAUCCAAAAGCCCUGAAAACAAUGGGUCUGCCCUCAAGGAUUACAUCAAUGCUGUCAUUGGAAGCGAGAACUUCAAAGAGCUUAAGGCUGAGUUUGCACGUUUCCACUCCGAGCGAGCCAAAUUAGCAAAAGAAUACCACAGCUCUUUUAGCGACAAGCUCGACCGAACUGCCGCAGAGCUUAGAAAGAGUGCUACGAUAGCCUCCAAACUCAUGAACGACUUGACAGGAUACACAAAGAUCAACAAACUGAAGGAGAAGAUAGUGGAAAACGAACAGAAGAUGAGAGAUUUAAGAGCCUUGAUCAGCGAAAGCAAGCAGAAUUAUGCACGUGCUCUUGAAGAACAGACAUCAGCACAGAAACAUAUCAACGAGCUUCUUGAACGGAAACACAGCUGGAGUUCUCAGGAUCUCGAGAAAUUUACGAAUCUCUACAGAAACGGCCAUGAAUUGGAGCGCCGCGUGGAAGCGAACUUUAACAAAGUGGCAGAAUUGGAGGCCAAGGAGAACGAUUUGCACAAUGAAUUGAUUCAGAGCAUUAUGGAGAGGUAUCACGAAGAGCAGGUGUGGUCCGACAAGAUUCGACAGUUUUCUACGUGGGGUACCAUCUUCAUCGUGUGUGUAAACUUGUUGCUGAUGCUUUUAGUGCAGCUGUUAUUCGAGCCUUGGAAAAGAUAUAGACUUCUGAGCUCUUUCGAAUCGAAAGUUAAAGAGCUUUUUGAGACCCAGGGACUAGAGAACUGGGACAAACUGAAAUCUGGAUUGCAGAACAUCGAGCGCAGACUCGACAAGUUCGAGCAUGUUGAAGGCAUACUACCUGCCGAUUUCUCUUGGAGUAGCAUAAGACAGUGGGCCACCAAGCUGAGACUUAUCUUUUUCAGCGACAAAUUCUACAAGCUUGAUGUGUCGUCGGUGGAAUUGACUGCAUUCUGUGGCGCAAUCAGCUCUAUCUUCCUCAUCCUAGGCAUGGUUCUGUCUAGACUUCUCUUAUAG